GGGGCGUCCAGUACUGUCGGCCGGGGGCAUUGGCACACACAGACACACAAGCCUGAGCAGAAAGAAGCUGCAGACAAAUGGAGAUGCAAAGACUUAAAAGGACAGCUCCUUUCACCUCAUUCUACUUGUCAAGAAGGUAAAAAGGCACAGCCAGAAAGAAAAGAAAAAGCUCAGCCCUCAGGUCCAGACAGGCGGUGGUCUGCGUGUGGCUUUGGGAGCUGGAGCUGCAGUACACCCCUUUGUAUCGGACAGCCUCGCAAAGGAGAAAGAGAGUUGGGAGGAAAAGUGUUUCAUCUAGGAACUGUCCUGGGAGCACACUUCAGAUUACAUUUUAAAGCCUCUGCAUUCCAUCUCCAUGAGCCACCACUGGAUUGCACAAUGACAUGGAGAAUGGGACCCAGUUUUACCAUGCUACUGGCAUUGUGGCUGGUGUGCGGAUCAGAACCCCACGCGCAUGCCAUGAAUAGAGGGAGCCGCGGAGGGCAGAAAGCGCCUCCGGUUUCCCCCGUCAACAGAAGGCCAGCUCGGUUACUGAGGCACACGGGGAGGUCUCAGGGAAUUGAGAGAACCACUCCGGAAGAACCAAACCUCCAGCCUCUCCAAAGAAGGAGGAGCGUACCGGUGUUGAGAGUGGCUCAUGCCACGGCACCGUCAGCCUCCCUGGGUAUCCACGGGGCCCCAGUGAGAACUGAGCGGAGACCAGCAGCCCGGAGCUCUCCCCGUGAGAUGGUCCGAGAUGAGGGGUCUUCAGCUCGGUCAAGAAUGUUGCGCUUCCCGUCUGGCUCCAGCUCUCCCAACAUCCUUGCCAGCUUUGCAGGGAAGAAUAGGGUGUGGGUCAUCUCGGCCCCCCACGCCUCGGAAGGCUACUACCGGCUCAUGAUGAGCCUGCUGAAGGACGACGUGUACUGUGAGCUGGCGGAAAGGCACAUCCAGCAGAUCGUGCUUUUCCACCAGGCAGGCGAGGAAGGAGGCAAGGUGCGGAGGAUCACCACUGAGGGCCGGGUCCUGGAGCAGCCCCUGGACCCCAGCCUCAUCCCAAAGCUGAUGAGCUUCUUGAAGCUGGAGAAGGGCAAGUUUGGCAUGGUGCUGUUGAAGAAGACGCUGCAGGUAGAGGAGCGCUACCCUUAUCCGGUCAGGCUGGAGGCCAUGUAUGAGAUCAUCGACCAGGGCCCCAUCCGCAGGAUAGAGAAGAUCAGGCAGAAGGGUUUUGUGCAAAAAUGUAAGGCCUCCGGGGUAGAGGGUCAGGUGGUGGAGGAAGGGAACGAUGGCAGAGAGGCAGGAAGGCCAGGCCUGAGCAGCGAGAAGAGGAAAGAGGAGCAGAGGAGAGCACAAGUGCUGCCAACCAGAGAGAGUCGGCUGAAGGCGAUAAGAAAAGCGGCCACCGCUGCGGGGGCCCCUCCUCCACCGCCCACAACCCCACGGGCCACCACCCUGCCUCCUGCUGCAGCCACAGCAGUGACUCGGGCCACCUAUCGGCCGGUGACGGUAACUGCAAGACCUACAACCCCCGUGGGCUUUCCGACCACCCAGAGGCCCUGGACCCCCCGGGUGCACCCUUCCUCGGAGCCUCACAGGGCCUCAGCAACAGCCGAGGUGGCCACUGCCAGGGGCCCCGUGGCCUCCAAGAACCUCUACCCUCCACCCAGGAAGGAGCAGCCCAGGGAGAGGCCGCAGACCGCCCGGAGGCCCAGCAAGGCCACCAGCUUCGAGCGCUUCACGGCUGCCCCUCCCACCACCGUCUCCGAGCCCAGCACCAGGGCUGGCGCCGGCCGUUUCCAGGACAACCGCACGGACAGGUGGGAGCACGGCCCCCGGGACCCGAAUGUGGGGCCGGGUCCUCACAAGCCUGCAAAGGGGAAACCUCCCCAAAAGAAAGCCCGGGACAAAAUCCUUAGCAAUGAGUACGAGGGUAAGUAUGACCUCAGCCGGCCGACCGCCUCUCAGCUGGAGGAGGAGUUGCAGGUGGGGAAUGUUGCCCCCAAAAAAGCGAAGGAGUCUAAAAAGCACGAAAAGCUUGAGAAACCCGAGAAGGAGAAGAAAAAGAGGGUGAAGAGUGAGAAAGCAGACAAGUUACUCAAGAGUGAAAAGCAAGUGAAGAAGGACAAGGCUGAGAAAAAGAGCAGGCAGGAGAAAGAGAAGAACAAGAAGAAAAAGGCGGGGAGAACGGAGAAGGACGGGCACCUGAAACCCACGAAACACUUCGCUCAGAGUCCCAGGAAGUCGGUGACCGACCUGCUGGGGCCCUUGGAAGGCAAACGAAGGCUCCUUCUGAUCACUGCUCCCAAGGCUGAGAACAAUAUGUAUGUGCAGCAGCGAGAUGAGUAUCUGGAAAGUUUCUGCAAGAUGGCCACCAGGAAAGUCUCCGUGAUCACCAUCUUUGGCCCUGUCAACAACAGCACCAUGAAAAUCGACCACUUCCAGCUAGAUAAUGAGAAACCUAUGCGUGUUGUGGAUGAUGAGGACUUGGUAGACCAGCAUCUUAUCAGCGAGCUAAGGAAGGAGUAUGGAAUGACCUACAAUGACUUCUUCAUGGUGCUCACUGAUGUGGACCUGAGAGUCAAGCAAUAUUAUGAGGUGCCUAUAGCAAUGAAGUCUGUGUUCGAUGUGAUUGAUACCUUUCAGUCCCGAAUCAAAGACAUGGAAAAGCAGAAGAAGGAGGGCAUUGUUUGCAAAGAAGACAAGAAGCAGUCACUGGAGAACUUCCUAUCCAGGUUCCGAUGGAGGAGGCGGUUGCUAGUGAUCUCAGCACCUAAUGAUGAAGACUGGGCCUAUUCACAGCAGCUCUCUGCCCUCAGUGGUCAGGCAUGCAAUUUUGGUCUGCGCCACAUAACUGUUCUGAAGCUUUUAGGUGUUGGAGAGGAAGUAGGGGGAGUUUUAGAACUGUUCCCGAUUAAUGGGAGCUCUGUUGUGGAGCGAGAAGACGUACCAGCCCAUUUGGUGAAAGACAUACGUAACUAUUUUCAAGUGAGCCCAGAGUACUUCUCCAUGCUUCUAGUUGGAAAAGAUGGAAAUGUGAAAUCCUGGUAUCCUUCCCCAAUGUGGUCCAUGGUGAUUGUGUACGAUUUAAUUGAUUCGAUGCAACUCCGGAGACAGGAAAUGGCUAUUCAGCAGUCACUGGGGAUGCGCUGCCCAGAAGAUGAGUAUGCAGGCUAUGGUUACCAUGGUUACCAUCAAGGAUACCAGGAUGGUUACCAGGAUGACUACCGUCAUCAUGAGAGUUACCACCAUGGAUACCCUUACUGAACAGAAAUAUGUAACCUUAGCCCCAGCCAGUUUCCCCUGCAGCUGUUGAAGCCACAUGUGGCCAGCUAUGUAAAGGAGAGUUCUUCCACACUGCCUACAUUCCCUGCCUUUUUCUUUCAGUGUUCUUCCAAGAUUAAAUAAAUAGCAAACUUUUGCCUA